AUGUCUUUGUCGGACCUGACACGCAACGCAUUUCAGAGCGGUGUCAGCCCCACGAAGUGGGCAAGCCUUUGCCGUCUCUAUCUAUCCAAACGGAGAGACAUCACCGAACAACUUGAGGGCCCAGAGAGGGCCAUCUCUAACUCUGUUCUCGUGCUGUAUGGACUAUACCCUGGCGAUCCUGGGCUUCAGCACUACCUGAAGGAGGCCAUUCAGGCCAAGCUCUUGUCAUUGCCCGUCUUCCUCGCCACCUUUCUAUAUUCUGCGCGAGCGCAGGAGUUACAAUAUGGACCGACUCUGGAUACGCUCUGCCAGCUUGUAUUAGAGCUGCACUACGGCACACCGGCCUCCGCCACGGCUCCUCCAAACCCUUUGUUCUCGCCCGCUGACGACUCAAACGUUGUUCUCGCCACUGUUGCGGAUGCUAUCAACCUGCUCCGAACCGCAUACACUAUUCCUAUGAACACCUUUCAUAGGCUUCCCCAGGCUGCGAGCCAACUGAUCUCGCUCCUCUUGAGCUCAUUGCCGCCUCUAACGGACGUCUCUAGCUCUGCUGCCCUCACAUGUAUCGACGAAGCCAAGAGCGUGCUGCAAGUCUUCCGUGUGACACCUAACGCCCAGCAAGCCCUGGAGAGCAUCGUCUUGACUCUAAGCUUAUUCACAGAUGACGACCCCGCUGUGCUUAGGGGGAGUCAGAUGUUGAAUGCUCUGCAGUCUUCAGUCGGUAAGGGCGACCUCUUGCGCUCGGGAAACGCGAAUGACAUCGUGGCGUGUCAACUUCUCCUCCAUCGGCUUGUUCAAGGCGCAAGCAAGGACUGGGCGGCAGGAGACGAUAAUCGCGCUUUAGCAAUGAUUAUGAGUGCUCACGGCAUCACGGGUUGGCUACUGAAUAAGUUCUACGCUCAACUCUUUAUCGCGGCGCUCUCUUGGCUCGUCACCUACCCGGAGUCUAGACUUUGGAAAUCAUUUGUGCUUGGGCGUCUUCCCCGACUCCUGGUGCUGCAUAACAAGGUCAUGGAACAGGAGGGCAUGGGCCCGGAACUUGUUAACACAGCUGUCCGUGAUGCGUGGGCCAGCAUAUGUCUCAGCCCACAACAUAGUUACCUCAUGCAGCUGGAUGAAGUUGUGUCUAUGUCCCUGAUGGACACCACACCGGAUUCCACGGCAUCCCCGCCUUCGUCCUUCACGCUGGACUUCACUUAUGCAUUGCAGAUGUCCGAUCUGGUUGACGAUGCAUUUUUGUCGCGUUUAGCGGUGUCGGAGUCGACUCCCGCAUGGGCCCGAAUUGCGACGGAGGCUCGAGAUGCCAAUGUUGAUAUAGUGACGUACAUUGGACACAAGUUAUCUCAAGAUGGAAACUCUGAAGAGGACGUGGCUGCGUUCGUCACAAAGCUCGUGGCAGACUAUAGCGUGCAUCAUGAGUUCGCCGAGAUGGUCAAAGCCCGCUUCGCGAGCUCUGCAAUGAAUCAAGACGUCGAGACACUUGGCCAAGUCGCUCGAAUUUUCACCUCCGAUGUGACAAUACUCGAUAUCUUCCGGCUUCACCUUCCCAUACCUGACCUGCUCGCUCGUGGCCUUGCUCUCUUCGAAGAUUACAGUUGUGAGACCGUCGGAGAUCCGCAGACUGCUGUUCGCUCGCUGGGCGAAGUUGUCACAUUCGUUCAGGUUGCCGUCUCUCGCUAUGGGUUGCAUAAUUAUCCCUUCACACUCGGAACGCGCAAGCUCAGUUUCAAACCUCUUCAACAAUCAUUCAUCGUUCACGUUCCAGCCUCGCUCGCCCAAUACCCAGAACGAACAGAGGCGUGUCAACGCUGGCACGCCACGCUUUUCAAUGCAAGCAGCGAAGGGAUCGACGAUGAUAUCCUGCGGCAAACGCGCCCCGCCGUCAUCCUCGAGCUCGCCGCGACCCUCGUGAUGAUUGGCAUACAGGGCACGAUCCGGAAGGGUAUUUCGCAGGAGGUGAUGAACAAUGGGCUGGCGUAUAUGCUAGACCCACUUCUCAACUGGACGCUUCUCGGGACGGUGCAGCAUUUGUUACGCGAUCUCCGUAUAUCAAAAUUCCAGUUCAGCUUGCACGUCCGCACAUUCCAUACACUUGUUAUGUCCGACUCAUUUCCCAGGCCUCUGCUGGCACUAGCAGCGCCUGAUAUCCUACGCGUCAUUAAUGAUCCGAACAUCAAACGCCACAUGCCCAAAAUGCUUGACUGGCAGGCGAUGCGGAACAAGGCCAUGGCUGCUCUGGGGGUACCCAUCAAUGAAACAGGGGCCGGUCUACCACCCACUGGAGUGGAAACGACCUGGAAUGAUCUGGCGCCUAAUAUGAUCCACGACUCGCUGAGAGCGCUCGGCGCCAAUAAGCCUCCUUCACUGGAUGUGUCACGCUGCCUACUCUUCCUCUCGCCGAUCAAGUUCCUGCACCUCUUUUGGACGCAAUUGCAGACGACGGUCGAUAUGGACGGAGCCCGCGCGCUCGCGGUGCACGUCCUUUCGCAUGCUCGCCCGCCGUUGCUCCCCGUCUUUUUACGUGCAGUGUUUCCCGCGCUACUCGAUGCCGCCGACACGACUCCUGGUACUGUGAGUCCAGAGCUGCUCGCGAGCGCCGUGGCAACGGGCAUUAUGCAUGCCCUACAGCUAGAGCGCGCGGUUGUGGCACUCAGCGGAGAUCAACGGCCGCCACUGGGCGAACCGAGUACGUCCAUGGCGCGGGCACUGGCAAACGAUCUACGCCAUCGCAAGUCCAGCGCUAGCGCGAAGACCGUCGCGCAGCGGCUUGCAUCCAGUGCGACCUUCGUGGGCAGUUUCCCCGUGUUCAAGACCGAAAUAUAG